CUUUAACUCUGUGGAAGAAGUGAAAUUCUGUGUUCGAAGGUGCAAAGGCCUUGGCUUGCUGGAUCAUGAUGAUACUUUGGAAGAUACAUUAGAAGACAAUGAGUUUGUUGAAGUUGAUAUAGCAAAUAUCAAGAACCAGAAAAGGUAUGGCUCCAAUAAUAAUGAUCUUAUUAAAAUGUGCUCCAAUUUCAGUAGCUUUUCAUGUUAGAAGGUCAAGUAGAGUGAAAUCCUGUCAGAGCAGGGAAAAUGGCAGUAUCCAGAGAGAACCUAUUUUUUUUUAUUUUCCCAUCACACAGAGGGAGACCCCACAGAACUUUUCAAAUGGAAUUGUUGUUUGUGACAUAUGCUAUUUAUGUUUUCAGUAGGAUUCAGUAAGUUCCUGCAAACAAGUACUACAUUUGGUAGUAAAUCCUAUUGCUGUGAGUAACCUCAGUGAACUACGGCAUAAGUACUAUGCUCUGCACUGUUUGCAGGAACGUCCAUAAUCACUGCUUAAGUAGUUACCUCUAGUUUUUAGUUGUUACCUAUAUUUUGUUAAUACUUCUCUGACAGAGUUCUGUUUGUAUGAAAGAGAACAGGACUGAACUCUGUUCUAACAAAAUUCACUAUUAAGCUUUCACUAUAUUUUUAUUUAGAUGUGAUUGUUGGAAACGGCUUACAUAUAGAUGUCAUUCACUAAUAUGCAGUUCUUUUGCGUAGUAUAUUUAUUUAGAUGGGCGCAGUUUAACAACAAAGGACUUGGUCAAUUUAGGAAAGGGACUCUACAAAAUCAAGCUCACUCCUGAAGCUGAAGAUAAAGUUAGACAAUCAAGAGAGGUGAUUGAAAAAAUUGUAAAAGAACAGACUGUUGUUUAUGGAAUAACCACUGGCUUUGGGAAGUUUGCUCGAACUGUUAUUCCAACUAGCAAACUCAAGGAACUUCAAGUGAAUUUAGUUCGGUCACAUUCUGCAGGUGUUGGGAAACCUUUGAGCCCAGAGAGAUCUCGCAUGCUUUUAGCUCUCAGGAUCAAUGUCUUAGCCAAAGGAUACAGUGGAAUUUCACUGGAAACUCUCCAGCAAGUUAUUGAAGCAUUUAAUGCAUCCUGCCUGCCCUAUAUCCCUGAGAAAGGGACGGUUGGAGCCAGUGGAGAUUUAGCCCCUCUAUCUCAUCUUGCUUUGGGGUUAAUAGGAGAAGGAAAGAUGUGGUCCCCAAAGAGUGGCUGGGCUGAUGCUAAAUAUGUGCUGCAAGCCCAUGGCCUGAAACCAAUUACCUUGAAACCAAAGGAGGGUCUGGCUCUUAUUAAUGGAACCCAGAUGAUCUCCUCUCUGGGAUGUGAAGCAGUGGAAAGAGCCAGUGCUAUUGCUCGGCAGGCUGACAUAGUUGCUGCGCUAACACUUGAAGUCCUGAAGGGCACAACUAGAGCCUUUGACACGGAUAUCCAUGAAGUACGUGCACAUCGGGGACAGAUUGAAGUGGCAUUCCGAUUUAGGUCACUUUUAGACUCUGACCACCAUCCAUCAGAAAUAGCAGAGAGUCACAGAUUUUGUGACAGAGUUCAGGAUGCUUAUACGCUACGCUGUUGCCCUCAGGUCCAUGGCGUGGUAAAUGACACAAUAGCUUUUGUGAAGGACAUAAUCACAACUGAAAUUAACAGUGCAACAGACAAUCCUAUGGUUUUUGCUGAAAGGGGUGAGACCAUUUCUGGAGGAAAUUUUCAUGGUGAAUACCCAGCAAAGGUUCUGGACUACCUGGCAAUUGGUGUUCAUGAACUUGCUGCAAUUAGUGAAAGAAGGAUUGAAAGACUCUGCAACCCAUCUCUCAGUGAGCUGCCUGCAUUUCUAGUAACAGAGGGCGGUCUGAACUCUGGCUUCAUGAUUGCGCACUGCACAGCAGCGGCCCUGGUUUCUGAGAAUAAAGCCUUGUGCCACCCUUCUUCUGUGGAUUCUCUCUCAACCAGUGCUGCUACAGAGGACCAUGUGUCCAUGGGCGGAUGGGCUUCACGCAAAGCAUUGAAAGUUAUUGAACAUGUUGAACAAGUGCUGGCCAUUGAACUUCUUGCAGCUUGCCAGGGCAUUGAGUUUCUACGCCCCUUGAGAACAACCACCCCAUUGGAGAAAGUCUAUGACCUUGUGCGCUCUGUUGUAAGGCCCUGGCUAAAGGAUCGUUUCAUGGCCCCAGACAUUGAGGCAGCUCACAGGCUGCUUGUGGAGCAGAAGGUUUGGGAAGUAGCUGAACCUUACAUUGAAAAGUAUAGAAGGGAGCACAUUCCUGAAUCGAGGCCUGUUUCGCCCACAGCCUUUUCCCUGGAUUCACUGAGAAUGAAUAAAUGUGUUGGGACUGAUCACAGUGACCAGGAGUAACUUGAAUGUUCUAUGAAAUCUGGUACAGAGAAAACUCUUUCCUAUGCUGUGUUCAUUGGAGAUUGUUCUAUUAUGAUACACCAUGGUAUCUUCCUGGGAUACAAAGGAAGCAUGUGUGGGUAGCUGUCUCAUCUAUUAAAAAUAUGGUGGCAAA